AUGGACACCAGCCAAGCAGUGGAGGUUACAGGCCUCAGCUACAAGUUCCCACACGCCGAGGAGGAGUCGCUCACAGACGUGAACCUGGUGUUGCCGUGGCGCAAGCGCAUGCUGCUCUGCGGCUCCAACGGCGCCGGCAAAUCCACGCUGCUCAAGUUGCUCAGUGGCAAGCAUCUGUGCCGCAGCGGUAAUAUCCGCGUCGACGGCCGCGACCCGUUUGCUCCCGCUAACACGGCCGAUCCCGCGGAUGUCAUGGUCACUGCAUACCUUGGUACCGAGUGGUGCCACAUGGCCAUAGUGCACCGCGACAUCGGCGUGCAGGAACUGCUUGACAGCAUCGGCCUGCAGCACUUCCGCGAGCGCGGCACAGAGCUGUUGCGUAUCCUCGACGUCGACCUCCGCUGGCGCAUGCACCGCCUCAGCGACGGCCAGAAGCGCCGCGUCCAGCUUUGCAUGGGCCUGCUCAAGCCCUUCAAGCUGCUGCUGCUCGACGAGGUUACUGUCGACCUCGACGUGGUCGCCCGCACCAAGCUGCUGCACUUUCUCCGCCUGGAGACCGAGCGCCGCGAGUGCAGCAUUAUUUACGCUACCCAUAUUUUCGACGGUUUGGCUGAUUGGCCGGACCGCGUUGUCCACAUCGCCCACGGCCGUGUGUUGGCCGACCUCGAUGUCGCCCGCGAUGUCAGUUUUGCCGCAGACCGCACCGACGUCGUCGAAGCCGCCGGACGUGUCCGUAUCGGGCACGUACGCAGCCUGCAUCCGCUGGCACUAGCAUGGCUCGCCCGUGACGAGGGCAAGAUGGCCUCCGAGUAA